AUGAUGAGGAAAGCUAGAUUAAUAUUUACAGCGGUGCCGGAAUCGAAAAAUGGCAGUAAAAAAGAAGAUAAGAAAGAAGAUAAGAAGGAAGGAAAGAAAGAGGAAGAAAAAAAGGAAGAAAAUGAAGAAAAGAUUUCUCAAACAAAGAAAGACCUGACAAAGAAAGAAGAAAAAAUUGAAGUAAAACCUGACGAGAAGAAAGAAACUAAGGAAGAGAAGAAAACUGAAACUGCUAUAAAUAAAACACACAAGUUGAAAUAGAAUAAAUAUAAAAUAAUUAAUAAAAUUUUUCUGAAGUC